AUGUCACGAGGAGACUCUGGAUAUAUGAGCUCAAGUGAUUGUCCAGACAUCUUUGAAAAAACAAAAGAAGAAAUCAAGCAAAUCGAAGAACUCUAUAGAAUAAAAAAUUCAAGGCCGUUUUUUGUUGACCAAAAUAACGGAUCUUGCUUGACAGAUAAUCUUAAUAAUAAUGCUCCGCCUCUUCAGAGAAACAAAUCACCGAAGAUACUACCUUCUGACAACACCCCGAACGAAGCAAUUCCGACAGGGUCGUCGGUACCAAAAAUACUGAAGGGUAAACGGUCACGCGCUUUCAGUCCUUCAUCUGAGCAACAGCAAUCAACUCCAGGGCCAACAAUACCAAUCCAUCGCGCAACAGCUUCAUUAGAUUCCAAUCAAGUUAAAUUAACAUCCGAGGCUCAUAAGAUGAGACAAAAAUCAGCUCCUUGCUCGCCACAAAUACUCCCCCUAUCAAGGCUUCCAUUGCCCAUCCCAGUAACAGGAUCGGCACCAACUCAUCGUAAGGCGGCCUCAGUUUCAACAACACUCGAUGCUCAUAAGAUGGGUCAACAGUUAGCCCCUAAUUCGCCACCGUUAUUGCCCCUGCCAAGAAACCCACCUUGCAUGUCGGUAUCGGGAUCAACAACACCAAUUCACCGAGUAAUGGUUUCGCAAGGUUAUAACCAAGCUACAUCAACAUUUGAUUCCCAUAAGAUAAAACAACAAUCAGCUCCCUGCUCGCCACCAUUAUUGCCCUUACCAAGGCUCCCGCAGUCCAUGCCGGUAUCCGGUUCAACAACACCAGUUCAUCGAGUCACAGCUCUGCAAGGUGGCAAACAAAUUACAUCAACAGCAUCCGAUGCCCAUAAAAUAAGACAAGCGUUGUUAUAUCAUCGAAAAAUGUCACUUAUUAAUGAAUCAUCGCCGGAAGCGCACAAAGUGUCGAAUGAAUCGUCCACUCCGUUGCCACCUGCAGAGAAUGCAGAAGUUCUUUCGCCAUGUGAUUUUCGAGAUCUCAUUGAGCAAUAUUAUGAAGAUCUUGAUGAAAUGGAUACACGUGAGGAAAAGAAACUUUUGGAAGAGAUGGCCGCAAAAAAUCGUAAGCGUGAAGCCGCAGUGAAAGAAAUUGUUACUACAGAAAGAACUUACGUCGAUGGUAUAAACAAAUGUGUGGAAUAUUUCUUGAAACCUUUACGCGGUAAUUGCCAAAAAUCAAAUCACAGGCAUACUCUCUUGUUCGCUAAACCAUUUGUUACAUCGGACGAAAUAUCCUCGAUAUUCGGAAACAUCGAAAUGAUACUGUCGUUGCAUCAACAAUUACUUAAAUCCCUAGAGGAGAGAUACUCGGAAUGGAACCCGACGAGUUUAAUAAGCGAUAUUUUCUUGCAAAAUGCGCCUUUUCUUAAAAUGUAUACUGUAUAUGUAAAAAACUUCCCACGUGCAAUAGAACUUACAGAACGACUUGAGAAAGGGAGUAAGGAAUUUAGAAAGUUCAUACAGAGUAUUCUUGGAAAAGCAGAAUUGGGAGGACUAUCCUUUAACUCAUUCCUGAGUCUACCAAUUCAAAGAAUUCCACGAUAUAAAUUAUUGUUGGAAGCAUUAUUAAAACACACCGAUGAAUCACAUCCCGAUUUUUUUCAGCUUGAAAACUGCGUAAAACAAAUUUCGGUUAUUGCUGAUGAAGUUAACGAAAAAAUAAAAGAAGCCGAGAAUCAAAAUAAAGUUUUGGAAAUUCAAAACAAAGUUGAAAGAUGUCCCAUCAUAGUCAACCCUGCACGAAAGUUCAUUCGCGAGGGGGAUCUAUUUAAAGUAUUAUAUCGACAUACGGUCAAGAAGACAGCAUGUUUUGUGUCGACAACUGAGACUCUGACGCAUUAUUUAUUUAACGAUCUCGUGGUGUGUUGUUCUAAAGUUCAAGGAAAAAUUACAUAUCAAGAACAAAUUGAUUUGAACUACGCUUCGAUCGUAGAUAUUGAAGAUAAUUUAUCAGAUAAACCAUUUUGCUUCAAAAUAAUUGUUAAAACGCCGUUAGAGGAAAGGCAUCAUAUUGUUAGAGCUUUGGAUGAGUGCACGAAAUUAGACUGGAUAUUAAAACUUGAGGAUGCCAUCUGUACCCUGAGAAAUGGGAAUAUUGAGGGAAGAA